CCCACACCAUCUCUGUCAUUCCCAGAGGAGCCCCAGGAAAGGCAGAAGAAGCCGACCAUGAGUGCUUUACAGAUCCAAAAUGUCAACUGGCAGAUGCCUGUGAAUCGAAGGGCGCAUCACACAGACAAGUUCUCCAGCCAGGAUUCCAUUGUGCGGAGAGGACAGCCCUGGGAGAUAAUAUUAGUCUGCAACCGAAGCCUUGAGUCUGGAGAAGAUCUGAAUUUCAUCGUUUCCACGGGUCCCCAACCCUCUGAGUCAGCCAGGACAAAGGCUGUAUUUUCUGUCUCCGGGAGAAGCACGGGUGGCUGGAAUGCAGCGCUCAAAGCCAACAGUGGCAAUAAUCUGGUCAUUACUAUUGCCAGUCCUGUCAGUGCUCCCAUUGGAUUGUACACACUGAAUGUUGAGAUCUCCUCCAGGGGCGGGGCCUCCUCUGUGAAACUCGGCACGUUCAUAAUGCUCUUCAACCCAUGGUUGCAAGGGGAUGAUGUCUUUAUGAGUAACCAUGCCGAAAGACAAGAGUAUGUUGAAGAAGAUUCUGGCAUCAUCUAUGUGGGUAGCACAAAUCGAAUUGGCAUGGUUGGCUGGAACUUUGGACAGUUUGAAGAAGACAUUCUGAACAUCAGCCUCUCCAUUUUGGAUAGGAGUCUGAAUUUCCGUCGUGACCCUGUGACCGAUGUGGCCCGCAGAAAUGACCCCAAAUAUGUUUGCCGGGUGCUGAGUGCAAUGAUUAAUGCAAACGAUGACAGCGGUGUUCUUUCUGGGAACUGGAGUGGUAAUUAUGCCGGUGGUGUGGACCCAAGGACCUGGAAUGGUAGUGUGGAGAUCCUCAAGAACUGGAAAAAAUCGGGCUUCAGGCCAGUCCAAUUUGGCCAGUGCUGGGUCUUUGCUGGGACCCUCAACACAGUGCUGCGGUGCUUGGGGAUUCCCUCUCGGGUGAUCACCAACUUCAACUCAGCUCACGACACAGAUCGAAACCUCAGUGUGGAUGUGUACUACGAUGCCAUGGGAAAUCCCCUGGAGAAAGGCAGUGAUAGCGUGUGGAAUUUUCAUGUCUGGAAUGAAGGCUGGUUUGUGCGGACUGACCUAGGGCCCUCAUACAAUGGAUGGCAGGUGCUGGAUGCCACUCCCCAGGAGAGAAGCCAAGGUGUGUUCCAGUGCGGUCCAGCUUCCGUCAAUGCAAUCAAAGACGGUGAGGUGGACCGGAAUUUUGACAUGAUCUUCAUCUUCGCGGAGGUUAAUGCAGAUCGCAUCACUUGGAUCUAUAAUAAUAGAAAUAACACCCAGAAGCAGAAUUCUGUGGACACUCACUCCAUUGGCAAAUACAUCAGCACCAAGGCAGUGGGCAGCAACUCUCGCAUGGAUGUCACAGACAAGUACAAGUAUCCAGAAGGUACCAGUGAAGAAAGACAAGUGCACCAAAAGGCUUUGGAAAAACUCAAACCUAAUGCAUCUUUCGGUGCAACCUCUUCGAGGAAUCCAGAAGGGGAAGACAAGGAGCCUAGCAUUUCUGGGAAGUUCAAGGUCACUGGGGUACUGGCAGUAGGCAAAGAAGUCAGUCUGUCCCUGAUGCUCAAAAACAUGACUACUGACAGGAAGACGGUGACGAUGAACAUGACAGCCUGGACCAUCGUCUACAAUGGUACCCUUGUCCAUGAAGUGUGGAAGGACUCAGCCACAAUAUCCUUGGAUCCUGAAGAAGAAAUACAGUAUCCUGUGAAGAUCGCGUACUCUCAGUAUGAGAGGUACCUGAAGGCAGACAACAUGAUCAGGAUCACAGCCGUUUGCAAGGUGCCCGAUGAGACUGAGGUGGUGGUGGAACGGGACGUCAUCCUGGACAAUCCCGCUUUGACCCUGGAGGUGCUGGACCGGGCUCAUGUGCGGAAGCCUGUGAACGUGCAGAUGCUUUUCUCCAACCCCCUGGACCAGCCGGUGAACAACUGCGUGCUGCUGGUGGAGGGCAGCGGCCUGCUGCGUGGCAGCCUCAAGAUUGAUGUGCCAUCCCUGCGCCCCAAGGAGAAGUCCCGCAUCCGAUUUGAGAUUUUUCCCACUCGGAGUGGCACCAAGCAACUGCUUGCUGACUUUUCCUGCAAUAAAUUCCCUGCAAUCAAGGCCAUGCUGCCCAUUGAUGUCUCCGAGUGACCGACCCAACAGUACUCCCACAGACCUGGGUGACACAGACCAGACAGUGCUCUCCUGUGGAGUGAAACUGUUGCCUAUGCUGUCCAGCCUGAGAAGCCCCCCAUGUCCCCAAGGCUGCCAGACAUGGACUUGUAGCAAGCCCCCCACCCACCCACCCAACCCCUCUCACUUCAAGCUAGGCCAGGUCCCCCCUGGUCUGGGACUUGAUCAGUUUUGCACAUUUCCUGAUUGCUUCCCUUGGAGACGGCCUGUUCUGUGAACCCUUGACCCCGCCGAUCCCUUAUACAGAGCAGCACCGGAGCUCAACACAAAUUGGGAAGAAGCCAGCUUGAACUGCUUGCUGAUCCCAGCCUGCAAAAUGAAUACCCUGUUCCACGCUCAGCCUCUGUGGACGGCAGGGCGUAGUCACAUACCACAUCACUCGCAUCCUUACAGUCAAAAUAAAUGUCAAACUAGUACAACCAGACAACACCGGUUCCAUCUGACUGCUUUGCCUGAGGUGGUAAAGGUGGGCGAGGGGCUGGGGUCACCUCCUCUAGAGAAGGUCCGGACUCAGAAAGGCCUUGUCCAUUGGCACAGAUGUCUACAGGAAAUGUGUUUGUUCUUUGCGGCUUCUAAGACAAAAGUAGGGACCCACUGCUAGUUAGGUCUGGAGAACUUUCCCAGGUAAAACCCCAAGUGAGAUGAGGCUGCCACGGCAGGCUCUGACCCAGUAGUUCUCAACCUGUGGGUCCUGACCCCUUUAGGUCUCCUUUUCAAAGAGAUUGUCUACAACUAUCAGAAAAUGCAGAUAUUUGCAUUAUCAUUUGUAACUGUAGCAAAAUUACAGUUAUGAAGUAGCAACAAAAAUAAUUUGUGUGUGUGUGGGGGGUGGUCACCACAACGUAUUAAAGGGCCCCAGUGUUAGGAAGGUUGAAAACCUCUGCCCUAAUCACUGUCUGUGCUUAGGAAACUCUUUGGGACCUUUGUGCAGGUCUCAGACAGAGAAAGAACUUCCAAGUAUUUUUUAGGACACUUAAGAGCUGUUCCCUGCUGUGUUAGUCCAUUUUCUGUGACCCUAUUGAAAUGCCUGGGGCUGGACCAUAUACAAAGAAGGGGGUUGUUUUGCUCACAGAUUGGAGGGAUGAAAGUCCAAACAUGAUGACAGUGGCUCUAAUAGGGACAUCAUGGCAGUUGGUAGACAUAUAUACAAGAGGAAAGAGUCACAUGGUAAGAAAGGAAGUCAGAAAGAAAUGCAGGGCUACAGCUGGUAUGUCACAACAAUCCAUUCCCAUAACUCUGGGUCUCAUAAGAACUGUGUAUCCCUCUGGAAAGCAGUACCCAGAAUGGCUGCCUGGUACCCCUUUCCUGAAACUCUCCAUCACCUCUUAACAUAACCACACUGAUGGCUUCCAGUUCAUGAGCCUCCAGUCAAAACUCAAACCCCCUCAAACUGUAGCACUCUCCUGGGCCAGCCUCUGCUCCCCGCAGCCAGAAGAGCCUGUGUUUGUCAGCCAGCUAUAGCACUGUUGCCCUCAACAAACUCAGACAACGCCUCAGCAUUUGCCUGUUGAAAUAACCCCCAGCAACUGAGCACACACCUGCAUUCCCAGCUCUUGGGAAGUUGUGACAAGAGGAUCAUGAGUUCAAAACCAGCUUGAACGAGCUAUGUAGUGAGACCCUAUCUCAAACAAACAAAAUAAUCUCAUGCAGACUCCAUUAGUUCACCCAUCGAUGUUCUGACCAAUUCCAGUCAGGCCGUUCUGUUUUAGUUUUGCAAAUUUCAGGAACUAUUCUAAACAGAAAUGGCCACUUCACAUCUGGGCCAAAGCCUGCUCCCUUUAUACUCAGCUCAGGCCUCCCUGGUGCCUAUGAAGGAAGUCAUCCCCACCUUCCUUCCUUUCCUUCCUGUUGUUUGAUCCUGCAGAAUUACAGCAGGCGGGGAAGUCACGAGGCAAACGACGAAAGUGACUUUCACUGG